GGCAGGCAGGCAUACAGACAGAUCAACAGAGGUAUGGAUAGAUGUAUGGAUAUAUAUAUAAUAGAUAUAUGCAUAAAGGUGGAUAGAAAGAUUGAUGCCACAGAUAGCUGAAAGAGAGAUCGAAAUGGGAGGGGCCAGAAAUAGGAGGAGGGGGGUGUGAGAACUGGGCUGGCAGCCCUGUAGUCCCGCCCCCUCCCCUCGACUUCCCCUGCCUCUACAUCGACCCCCUCUCUCUCCCUCUCUCUCCCUCUCUCUCCCGGCUCGCUCCAGUCUUCUCGUCCACUAUCGGACUGCCAGCCGCCCCACCAGUCGUGUCUCCGAGCCUUCCGUCGCGUCUUUGUUUGUUUUCCGGUUCUUGUUCCUUGACUUUCCCGCCGGCCGUCCCGGCAGCCAUGGGGACCCCCCUUGGAGCGCUCUGGGAGAACUGGUCUGGACCGGGACGCACUCUCUGAGCUCCAGGCUCUGGACUUCGUAUCCUCCCCCCCCCCCCCCCCCCCCCCUUCACCUCCUUCCCCUCCUCCGGGAUCACUGCGAGGGGAGACCUCUUCUGACCGGGGGUCUUCAUAGUCCUGGGGUGAGGGGAGACCUCUUCAGAGCGGGGGGUCUUCAGAGCACUCGGGUGAGGGGGAAACCUCUUCUUAUCGGGUGGGGGUUGGUUGUGUGUGCUGGUGGAGGAGGUGGAGGAGGUGGAGCAGCAGCGAGUGUUCCAGUGUGAGAGUGCUACGCCCGGGGGCAUGGCCUGUUGGAUCUGAGACGGUGAUGACCGGACCACCAUGAAGGGGGGUCCCAGGAACCGCGGCUGCGGGUGCCGGCACCUGUUCAGAAAAGUGCUCUCCAAGUGUGGCUGCUGCUACGCGUCCCGGGUCAGAGAGCCGUACUCCCUGGCAGCCAAUGGGGAGGGCAGUUCUAGUGCGUCCGCCGGCUCCAUGGCCCACCAGGCGCCCGGCUCCUCCAGCUCCCUCCCCUCCCCAGGGGGCACGCGACACCCGGUCAGCGCCCUCAAGAAGUGGCUCACCAGCCCCGCCCGCAAACUCAGCUUCGACCGGGGGGGCGUAGGAGGAGGAGGAGGAGGAGGAGGAGGACUGGGGAAGAAUGAUAAGCUGACGUCCAGGCUAGAUGGGAAGACUCCUGAAAGAGCCCUGAACCAGGUCCAAGACGGGCCCCUGGUCCAGGGGCCAGACGGGCCUCGGGUUCAGGGGCCAGAGGGUCCCCUGGAGAGGUCGGGGAGCCACACGAUCCUCCCCUACACAGGGGUUGACACGGUUUGGAGCGGCGGCCUGCUGAGUCCCUCGGACUCGGCCUCUCCCAGCGACCUGUGGGGUCCGGGGCCGGACAGCGACUCACACAGCCUGCAGGACGGCCAAUCCCGCUCCAAUAUUCCUCCAGAUGAAAGCAGCUUGAUUGAUGACUCAGGCAGCCAAUGGUCAGCCUCGCUGGACACGGAGGAGGACCGAAGGGCUGCCCUGGAGAAAAGCAUUUAUGUGCUGACAGAGCUCCUGGACACAGAGAAGUUGUACGUGGAAGAUCUGAGGCUCAUCGUAGAGGGCUACAUCGGCACCAUGGCCACCCAGGGGGUUCCAGAGGACCUGAAGGGGAAGGACAAGAUAGUGUUUGGGAACAUCCACCAGAUCUACGACUGGCACAAGGACUACCUUCUGGGGGAAUUGGAGAAAUGCUUCGAUGACCCGGAGCGGCUGGCCAACCUCUUCAUCAAACAUGAGAGACGGCUCCACAUGUACGUGGUGUACUGCCAGAACAAGCCCAAGUCGGAGCACAUCGUGUCGGAGUACAUCGAGACCUUCUUUGAGGACAUUCGGCUGCAGCUGGGCCACAGACUGCAGCUCAACGACCUGCUCAUCAAACCGGUGCAGAGGAUCAUGAAGUACCAGCUGCUGCUCAAAGACCUCCUGAAGUACUGCACCAAGGCAGGAAGGGACGUGGUGGAGCUGGAGAAAGCGGUGGAGGUGAUGUGCUUCGUUCCGAAGCGCUGUAACGACAUGAUGAACGUGGGCCGUCUGCAAGGCUUCCAGGGCAAGAUCACCGCCCAGGGGAAGCUGCUGCAGCAGGACACCUUCUCCGUCAGCGAGCAGGAGAACAACAUCCUGUCCAGGGGCCGGGAGAGGCGGGUCUUCCUGUUUGAGCAGCUGGUCAUCUUCAGCGAGCCAAUCGACAAGAAGAAGGGCUUCUCUCUGCCCGGGUACACGUUUAAGAGCAGCAUCAAGGUCAGCUGCCUGGGCGUGGAGCGGCCCGGGUCAGGGGGCGUGCCCGGGGGCGGGGCCGUGGAGCAGGACCCCCGGGUGCUGGUGCUGACGGCACGCCGCCCCGACGGCAGCCUGGUCCGCUACGUCAUGCAGGCGGCGUCCAGAGAGAAGCAGCAGGCCUGGCUCAGCGACGUGGGCCAGAUCCUGGAGUCCCAGAGGAACUUCCUCAACGCGCUGCAGUCCCCCAUCGAGUACCAGCGGAGGGAGAGCAAGUCCAACAGCCUGGGCCGGGCCAUGCGGGCGCCGGACGCCGGCGGCGGCGCGGUCGGCCUGCGCCCCCACUCCUCCGCCUCCAUGGACCGCCACCACCUGCCCUCCCUCAGCUUCUACAACACCUCCAUGCCCUCGCUGCUCCCGGCCGCCGAGGGCCCCAGGAAGGUUUCAUCAGAGCGUCCGUCCAGACAUCCGCUCUCCGUCCCUCAGAGGUCUGCUCUCUGCCCAGAGAGGAGCUCCGGCCCCGGGGUCUCCAACGGCGGGCCGGCCCUGAUCCAGCGCAGCAUGCAGGCCCUGCGCUGCAGCUCAGAGACCCCAGAGUCUGAGGAGCUUCCUGCAGAGCCUCACCAGCCCGGCCUCGGUCAGCUGACCGAGAGCGACCUAUAGCGUGGCCCGGUGGCCUGUGAAUCCAUCGUAAUGGAGGCGUGGGGACGGUAGCAGAGCGGCGCCUCGUUCUGCUCCCAGGAACCCUCCGUCCGUCCUGGGUCUCCUCCCUCUUCUCUUCCAUCCGGACUGUUCCACUACGGGCGUGUUACCCCUCUACCUACGAUCAUGUGUCCUACACACACGCACACACGUGCGCACACACAUGCACACACACACGCACAACCCCUGAGACUCCAGGUCUAUGUAUAAUCCAGUCUUCUUUCAAAGUGACGACCUAUGUCUUCCUGUACUUCAUAUUCUGUGACGAGGGACCAUGCAACAUUUAUACCGCUAUGUUUUAUUCAGCGAGUGCAGUGACACGAUGUGUAUCGGCUCGUCCGCUCCUCUGCUCCUCCGACCGCCUCCCCCUUCGCCGUCGGGCGGUGCCCCCACCCACCCACCCUAACGUCUC